AAAAAAUUACACUGACAAAUAAAAGGAGUUACUUUAACAUUUCUACUUUGAUCCAGGAGGCUUCUGCUCUCGAUUUUCUCAGAAUGAAGAUGUUCAUUGUUCUUGGGAUUUUUUCACUAACUGCAACUUUAAUAGUUGCUGAACAGUCUUAUUCGUGUGAUUUCGAAAGAGACACUUGUGGCUUUACGAAUGAAGAAGGAAAACUUUCAAACUGGGAAAGAGUGGAAACGGAACUUGGAGGUCGUAAAGGUUCUUAUAUGCAAGUGUUAAUCAAUUCUACCGAAAAGCAUAUCGCUAGAAUGAUAACUCCAUAUUUCGAGCACCACGAAGAAGCUCCAGGAUGCCUCGUCUUUGAUUACUACGCUAGUGGCGACGGCGUGAAAGGGUUCACCGUUGAACAGGAACAUGACUAUGGAAUAUCAACUAUCUGGCUGCGAAGCGGCAACAAAUCUGGAUGGCAGAAAGCCCAAGUGGACGUAGAAAUUGAUGAGAAUACAAGGUUUUUCUUCACAGCAAAGUUUGAUCCUUCCAUAGAUGCAGAGAGUACUGUCGCAGUAGAUAAUGUAGUUUUGAGAAUUAGCAAGUGUUGAUGGAAUUCAAGUUUCAAACUGAAGAAGAAGAAGAAGCACGAGCCUUCCUUUCUUAAUUUCUACAAAAAUUAAUGCAUUUGUAUUCAUUAUAAAGGAAUUUUAAAAUAA